AUGUACGCCUCGCGUGGAGUGCGGGCUGUGGCCCAAGCCCGGCAGCUGAUUUCAAAGCGGACGUUCACCGCGACAGCCCGCCAGCUCUCGCAAACACAGACGCCGACCCCGGCUGCUCCUACGGCCACCGCAGAGGCUGAAGUGGCAGAGACCGGCCGCCCGGCGUCCGCUGUCAUGCAGGCGCCCAACCGCGCCGAGGUGUGGUCCCGUAGCCAGAGACCGCGGUCUGAGGCCAUGGCCGGCCCCCGCUUUGAGCAGACAGAUUUCGAUGCCCAGCCUCGCCCUUGGGCCGCUAUCGAGCUCAUCCAUAAGCAGCCUGUGCGGUGGACGCACGACCGUAUUGUCGCCUGCGACGGCGGCGGUGGCCCGCAUGGUCAUCCUAAGAUCUACAUCAACACUGACAAGCCCGAGAUUGCUACCUGCAAUUACUGUGGUUUGCCUUUUUCUAUGCCAUUAUCACAGAACCCUGGUCCCAUCUGCUUCUCUCCUAUCAGCUCAUCUUAUUUGCACCCAGUUGAAAAUCUCGGCAACAUCUGA